UGUUUCUCCAUUUCUUCCUCCUGCCUUCUCUCUUCCGUUGUGCGCGCAACUCACCAAGCCUCCCAACCACAACUACUGUAAAACGACCACUACACUCCUCUGAACCACUACCAACCUAUCCCUCUCACUCUUCUUAGUCAAGCUCUCGCCAAUUUUGUCGUUGUUUUCGUGUAACCAAUAGUUAAGGUUUCAGACAUAUUUUCCAGCGGCCCAAUUCCUGCCGAUCGCCGGCGAAUCGGGCCUCUCCGUUACCUGGAAACAACUUCUCUCACUCCCAGGAGAUACAUUAAGAUUGUUUCUUUGCUGCUGGAGAAUGGAGCUGAUGCCAAUUCUUGGAAUUACUGCGGGCAGACAGCAUUGAUGCAAGCAUGCCGAUAUGGACAUUGGGAAGUUGUGCAGACCCUCUUGCUCUUCAGAUGCAAUGUUAUUUUUUAUUCUCAUUGGUUUUGUGUUUGAUAAGUCAGUGAGCACAAUGAAAGAUUCAAGCAUGUUACCAGUGGUUUUUAAGUGCAUUAAUGUUGUAUGUAAAAAGUAGGGCAUAUAUUGACUGGGGUUAAGUUCAUAGAUCAGAUUUCUCUCUGAUCUAUGAAUUUUUCAUUCGAAUAGGCAGGCCUUUGCAGAGGAAAUGCUCAUGUCUGUCUUUUAAGGAUUUCUUCCAAAUAUUUAGAUAUGUGGUCUGCACUUUGAGUCCUACUAUACAUCAAUGCAUUUUAAGUUGCUUAGAUAUUCCACUUGCUACAUAUUUAUGGAUUCUUGACCGCAUAUUCAGCCGUUAAAUUCAGUAAUAUAUGUUGUACAUGAAUUUCUACAUAGGUUAGAUAAAAGGAAGACCCGAAAACUAGAAAAUGAGGGAUCUCUUUCAUUUUCAUGUAUCGCCCAUUGGCAUAUGUAUAAUUGAUUUGUAGCUUUCAGGUCCUGCAUAUGGUAGUAAGCAUUAAGCAGUCGAAAGAAAGAGCUGUAAAUAUUCUAUGCAUAUUGUAUAUUUUCCAUGCAACUGCUUAUGCCUAUUCAGGUUGGUUCUCUUCCUCUCUAAGGCUGAAUCAUAUGGCCUUGCUGCAAUGAACUAUUGACCAUAUGCUUUAACUUUUUCAUCACAAUUUGUGGCAGUUGUUAGGGUUUCUACGGAGGUAAAAAAAGAUGUGGAAUUAAUGUUGGUUGUAGAUAUUUCGUUUGAAGUGACCCCCACCAAAUUUCGUUUGAAAUUAAUUUGGGAGAAAAACUAAUGAAAAGUGCUUGAAAACUUUGACUUUUAAUGAUAAGGACAAAAUAAAGGGUAAAAUGAACAGUAUCAUGUUUGACUUUUUAGUGUAAAAAUGUGGUUUUUUGUUAGAGUAAAGAAUACCGCGUGCUUUUCGUUAAAAUUCCCUAUUUUUUAAAGGAACAAAUGUUUGUUAGUGGCUGUCUAUAGAUCAUGGAUUUUUCCUUAUUUAUUUAUUUAUAAUAUUUAAACUUCCUAAGAUUUGGAUUUAUGUUUGGUAGUUUUCUAAUUCAUGUUUGUAUUUCGAUUUUUGAAUUGCAAUUUGCAGGUGUGUGAAUCGUAAGUUUAGCAUUUCAAGGCAUAUAGGAUACGAACUUAUGUUGAUAACUAGUUAGGUGGGAUUAGAGGAGACAAUUGGUGAAGGAAAUUGGGAUUGAAUUUGGUUUGCAGCGAAUCAAGUGGUUCUUAGUGAAACCCUUUUCCUGGUUUGCUUAUAUUUUUCAUUGAAAAGGUUUUUACUAUUUUUUUUGUAUGAGUUCAAUUGUUUAGAUUUACCCAAAUCAUAUAUUGCAAGGCAGCUUCCGUAUGGUUUAUAUUAAGCUGACUAUUUGAACUAUCUACUAAAUCUUUUGCAUGUAAAUAGUAUUUAAAUACAAAUCAAUUAUUAUUUUUUGUAUGAAAAUAGUACUUUGUACAAAAAAAACAUUAUACAGUUUUUAAUCCUGCGGCAUCGCGUGAGUAUCAUUUGCUAGUAAUUAAACUUAAAUGAUUUCCAAAACAAUUAAGUUUUUCUAAAUACUUUAAAGGAUGAUAAACAGCGUGAAUGAUUCCGAUCAUCUUUAACUUUAUACUGAACUUGAUUCCAGUGUUAAAGGUAGAAUCUGUAUAAAACGAAAAAAAAAAACUAUAAUAGAAAUUGAAGGAAAGAACAGAGAAACACAGGUACUGCGAAGAAAACUAAAUUCGUAUGCAAAAUUUUAUAAACUAAUGACAUAGAAGUUAAUAAUUAAAUUCGUACUUAUUUAUUAUUAAUGAUACAUCAUUUAAUUUGUGAAUUCUAAAAAACAAGUAAUUGUGAAGAGAAGAUGGUGAUCGUUACACGAGAUGGUACAUCACGUGUCGUUAUAUAAAUAGUAUGAUAUAUGUGUUAAAAAGUUAAUAACUUAAAAAAAUAAAAAAUUUUACAAUUUUUAUAAAAACACGUGAUAUAUCAUAUGUGUUUGUCACAUCUAAAAAUCUAUCGGUGAUGAGGAUUGCUUAUGAACGCUAGUGGAAUAUAAAGGCAGAUGUCCGAGGCCAUCUUACGUGGGACCCAGCAUCCUUUGCUCCCUACUCUCCAUCACUACAGCUCAUAUAAUUUCUCUUUUCUUUCUAUCACCACCUUUUAUACUUUCUUUUUUAUAAUUGGCAUCGUCUUCGGAUUUCUAUGUUCGGAAUCGGCGAACAUAGAAUCCGAAUCAUUUAUUUAAAAAUUUUACGAUCUUUAUUAAUCGAUUCAACUCAUUCACUUUACAUAAUUAAAAGUUCAUAUUUCUUUCUUUCCUUUAAACGAAUCAGAUUUUAGAUCCGUGAACUAAGAAAUCCAGAAAGGAUCUCCAUUUUUUUUUCUUUUGCCACGCUGGCACUUUCUUCACCAUUCUUCCCACUAGUACCACCCACUAUACUCUCUUUCUCUUUCUACCAUCAUGCAUUUGGUUGCCCUAUCUUUGUCGAGAGGUCUAUAUUUUAAUAUCAUUCCCACUCCUCUCUUUCCUCCCCAUUUUUCCUUUGCGAAUUACAAAAUCGAACGCUAUUUUUUCUUCUUGUUUCCUUUCUAUGUGCUACUACUACUGCUGUCCUCUCCUCCUCCUCCUCCUCCUCAUGCUUCUAUUCAUUUCUCUAUUGAAUCUAUAUAAAAAUAAUAAGUUUAGUAAUAUUAUAAUUGUUUUAAAUCCAAUUAUGAUGAUUAGCUUUUGUAAAAAGAUCACUCCUCACUCUAUCCUUGGCCUCACCACAAAAACUACUACCACCGCCACAACAACAACCUCCAUUGAUGGUCAUGAAAAGCUCCCAUUAAAAUGUCACCAUUACAUUUCUCCUUUAAGUUCUACAAGAUCAGGAGGAGGAGGUUUACUAGGUUUGGUUGCUGCAACCGAAAACGAUCACAAAAAAAGCCAACCCCUUGUUUUGGAAUCUUCAUCCAUCAAAUCCUCCUCGUCCGCAGCCUCCUCCUCGUCAUCACCAUCAGAUUCAUCAACACCAGCUUUGUCGCCGGUGGUGUUUGAAUUUGGAAAAAAGAAAGAUCCAGGUGGGUUUGGGUUCAUAGACGACAUAGGAGGCGGCGUGGACGGCUUGACGUCGUGCACGGAGAGUCUAGGGUUUGAAAGUUCAAACGAGAGGCUGGUGGACGAUCAUCAGAUCAUUGAAAGAAUUAGCCAUGUUCAUGAGAAGGCUAAUGAGAAUGAUCAAGAUGGUGUCGAGGAGGAUGCAUGUUUGAGGAUGAUGAGGCACUCGAUGAAGAGAGAGCCGAAAUGGACGAAGAUGGGGAAGAGGAGAGUGGAGCCCAAGAAGUUUCCUCCACCGCUUUCAUCGUUGAAUCAAAAUGGACACCCUAGGUAUUAUCUGAGGCCUGAGAGGAAAGAUGGGAGGUUGGAGCUUACGGAGGUAAGGAUUUAUAGGCCUGAGAUUUUUAGAGCUUAUCGUGAAGAUGGACGGUUGAGAUUGCUUCUUGUUAGCCACGAACCUCACAUUCAAGAAGAUGAAGAACCAAUAUUAGAAGGCAUAGAAGAAGUACAAGGAGAAGAAAAAGCAUUUCUUGAUGAUGAGGAGGAAAUUAUUGAGGAGGAGGAGAAGGAGGAGGAGAAAGAGGAAGACAGUGGUGGAGAGUGGCUGAAGGGAGGAGCAGAAGGGUUUCGGCGGUGUCAAAAUCUGGUGAACCACCACCAUGUCCAUCACCACCACCACCACGACGGCAACUUGCCUGUGUGGAGCCAGCAGCAGCAUUGCGUGACAACCAGGUGAUGAUAGCAUGAUCUCAUCACUUGGCUAGCAGAUCAGGAGAACAUGGCAUGAUGUUCAAGUGGCAGCGUUGAGACGGAGACAAGUGUACGUGUAGUUAAUUAGGGCAUUUUCUCGAAAUUAGGGUUAAAAGGGCCAACUUAAUUAAUUAAUGGUAGAGAGGGUACAUUUUGGCUUAGCCAAAACUGAUUAAAGCAGAUUGCUCUUUCUCUGUAUUAAGUUCGAAUUUACUCAUUGUAAAGUUUAGAUGAAUUUAUCAUAGAUUUCUUAUUGUUUGUCAAAAAAAAAAAAAAAAACUAAUUGUAGUGAGGGAAUUAGCAAUUAGGAAGCUAGGUGUCAUGUAUGCCUCCCGGUCGAGUGUAAAUCAUCUUAUGUACGUGCUGAUUAAGUUGGUUAAUUAGCAUUAGUACUGUUGUGAGUGUCAGCGAAAUAUAAAUUGCAUGGUUGACGUGUC